CUUCCAGUUACCCCUGUAGCACCUAUGCAUGGCACAGCUGUGACAUUAGAGACAAUCCAUUAAUCACAGGAAUGUUGCACAGAACUUGGAUGGAGAGGAAGUUUCCCUGCUUGAGUGUGUGAGGAUAUGGCAGCACUGUGGGGACACUGGAGAUCAAACCUUGAGAAGUUAAAUACUGCAGUCUUGUUGGAGCUUUCCUUAGGAGAAAAUGCAUUGAAAAGGACUUGACAUUCUUUCCCCAGAGAUCUGUGGAGGCUACACUAGUCAGAGUGAAAAUCUGUGAUCCCAGCACCCGUAGGCAGGAUUGCCAAUACCUGGUUUCACAUCUGAGCUUGUGCACUGUUUCUACUGGAAAUUACAGUCCUUUUCCUCAGCAACAAGAAGGUUUAAGUUCUCUGCAAGAAUUUCCAAGUUACUUUUUCUGCUCAUAUGACCUGAGAUGAAACUUGCAUGUUUUCUGCCCACACAAUCUAUCAUGGGGUAAAAAAAACAACAAAAUGACACCAUCCUUGAUUGUUGCAGCAGCUGGGAGUGCUCUGCACUCUGUGCAGGGUGCAGCUUUCUGGUAGACAGGUUUCAGGAAACUGAGUCACUGGGAUUAAGACCAGAGGCAUUGUUGCCUUAUCCAGUAAGAGCUCUCAAUUUUCACAAGUUCAGUGUUGGAAGUUGGCCGUGCCUGCUGUGUCAAGUCCCGUGUAUUGCUGAGAUGUAUUUUUACCAAGAGUCACCUUAGUGAUGUGGAAAUGCUGAAACUCCCUUGGAUUGGUGAUUGGUUAAUUGUCCUUCGCUGCUAAACGUGGGAGCAAAUUUCUGGUUUGAAUUUUUAUUGUUCUCAGUUCAUAGCACAAAAAGUUACAGAGGUCUUUGUCUUUCAUGUAUUUUAUGGAAUGAUUUCAGUUAGGGACAAACACUUUGGCAUUGCCUGUUGUGACAGGCAAGGUAAUGGUUCUAAACUAAGAGAGGGUUGAUUUAGACUGGAUGAAGAUUAUUUUUACAAUGAGGGUGGUGAGGCCCUGGCAUAGGUUGUCCAGAGAAGCUGUGGAUGCCCCAUCCCUGGACGUGUUGAAGGCCAAGUUGGACGAGGCUCUGAGUAACUUGGGAUAGUGGAAGGUGUCCCUGCCCAUGGCAAGGGGGCUGGACCCAGACAGCCUUUAAAGGUCCCUCCCAACCCAACCCAUUCCAUGAUUCUAAGUUGGGAAGAACCUCUGUGCAUUCCUUAACUUCAUUCAGCUGCUCUGAGCAGGGCCAGCUUCAAAUAUUUACCUUACACCCAGUCAGAAUUUCCUGUGGUGCAACUUGUCAUCCCUGUCUCCUUUCACUGUUGGGCACUGAGAAGAGUCUGGCUCCAUCUCUCUAACACCUCUGCCCUGCCAUUGUCUCUGUUGGAAACUUGAAGGUACAGCAGAGGAGAAGACAUCAGGCCCUCUGGUAACUUGCUUCCGUCAUGGCAAGCAUUGCUGUUCCGUCCUAACCUUGGUUUCUUCUCUUAACCAGGUAUUUUUCUUUCAGCCUUGUCUCCUGUCCCAUGACAUUUUAAUAGUCUUUAAUGAUGUUUAAGAGCUUUAAAACUCCAAGAUGUGGUUUUUCUCUACGGAGCCUCAUUCCCUCUUUCCCAAUUCAUCAUCUCAUGCUCUGACUACUUACUAAUUCUCUUCUUCCUAAUACUUUGUUCUAAUCUGUCUAGCACAGAGCUGAUGUUUUACUGUGCUGCAUCUCCCAGCACCCACCCUUUUACAGACAGAUAAAACUGUCACUCCUUUCUGGUUUUCUUCUUAAAUGACAAGUUACACAGCAUAGGCUCCGUCACGUUAUAUUUAAGCUUCUUUAGGGCUCACAGAUGAAUCCCAAUGGGUUCUAAGGUUUAUUCGCUCCCUCAAAUUGUUCUAAAACCUCCCCUGUUGACAUUUUAAUUCGAAAUCGUCUCUCAGACCCAUCCCAAGAGAAGGUCUCAUGUGAGCUCCUCUGUGGCAAGUGCUGAUAAUGAUGAUUAAUUUGGUUUUUCCAACUGGGCCUAUUUUCCACUGAGAUGUUUGGCACUGAUUGUGUGUCAUCCCCACUGAUCAUCUGGCAGCUCUCUGCUUCUGAUGUUUUUGAUGAGGUUUUUUGGUUUUAUUUGCUUUUAUGUCUUUAGCAAAUUGUUCUCUUUUUCUUUUUUCUUUUUUUUUUUUUUUUGCCUACUUUAUGUGGAUUCUACAUUUCAUUUAUUAGAGUUCAGGCUUUUAUCAUUUUUCUUGUUUUGACAUGUAAGUUCUUUUUAAAGGCUGUCUUUUUGAUUUCUAACAGCUUUUUCCCAGAACAGCAAGGGUUGCACAGUGUCUGAUCUCUGCAAAGUGAACUAAAACUUUCCAGUUUGAGAGAGGUUCCUUGCUAGUGACUUACGUAGCCAACAUAAUUAAGAACUGUCAGGCAAUUCUUAAUUAAAAGUUCAAGUCUGUGUCAUUUUGUCCGGAAUUGGUGUAGAGCUGAGCAAGCUGUGAUUAUUUCACUCAUCAUGUCUUGCACUAAUGCUGCUGUUCUGCUCUCUGGCAUCUUGAGCCUUCCAAGAUUUGGUAAAACUGAACAUAAGGCUGAUGAUCUCUUUAAUCUUGCGCCCAAGUUCCCAGGACUUCCUGAUCUUCAGCGUUUAUCCCUCUGAACUGGAGUACGGAAAGAUGAUCACAAGUGAUCGGAUUAGCCUGGGCUGAGGCUUUUCUGUGCCUCUGCGUGUGGCAGCUCUGCUGAGGCUGCAGGAGAGAGCUCCAGGCACGGGCUUUCUCUUCAGAUGGAAUCUCAGUUUGCCCAACUCCCUCACCUGGAAGUUGAGAGCAGGUAUUGUUAUCUCUAACCUCAUCAAAUUUCAUCUGCUGCCAGUGAAGUGAACUUUGAAAGAGGUUUCCGAAGGACAGGCUUUCAGAUCCCAGCUCUGCUUGCAAGUUCACAAAAUAAGCAAACCUGUUUUCUCAUCUCAGACCCAGAGGAUUCUGUGUUUCUCCCAGUUAUGCACCAUAAGCUGUAUUUGGAGCUGUGCUAGCAGUCCUGAGAAUGGAAAAGCCAAUCAGUGAGAAAUGCGAUUGUUCAAAACUCUGAAAAAAUGAGGUUGUACAUAAUUAACUGAAGACUCUAAAGACAGUGUUAAUUAAUGCAUAGAAUUCUCCACAGGUGCAGCAUCCUGGCAGCUCCAUUCAGUGGUAAGAUGCAGAUUUUGUGACAUCCUUUACUGUUGUACAGUGACUCUGCAAGCAGUUCCCCAGGCUUAGAGAAAUCAGAGUGCAGUCAUGCAGUAGAAAACACUUAGGCGUGGACUAAUGAACAGAGAUUAAAUGAGUGGUUUCUUCCUUCUUAAGAGAAUGCUAACUUUUAUUUUCUGAAAUGUGUAGAACUGUCCCUGUCAGUGUGUGACUGUGCAGUUACAAUUCUUCUGGCUCAGGUACAUGAGAUAUCACCAUCCAGCUAAACCACACCUGUCACUUUCAAAACUGUGUCUGUAAGGUUUGUAGUAAUUAAUCUCCAGUUAAAAAGUUCUCAGGCAGCAGCAAAUGGAAUUUCAGUGAGCUGUCCUUGGAGUCACUGUUGCCAACACUCAGCAGCUGAGGAGCCCCAGCAGGACUCAGUUUGAACUUGCUGGAAUCCUUCAGCAUCUUAAAUAUGGAGCAUCAGCAAAGCCACGUGCUCCCAGACAGCUCAGCAUGCCCUGAGCAGAGUGACCCACUGACCAGGGCAAGGAGAGAGCACAGCAAAAUUCCAGAAAACCUGAAAUUCAGUUGCUCUGAAGGAGCAGUUUGUGUUGCAGAGCUGCAGCCCUGCCAUGUGCUGUGUGGUAAGCUCAGGUGUAGGCUGCUCAUCCCAGGCUGUGACCCUCCAAGUGUGUCUAGAAAUGAGCUGGGUUUGGCAGUUCUGGAUCAGGGUACAAAGAAAUUGCUGUCUUUUCCUUGUUUGCAGAUGGGCCAUGCCUGGAAGUCUGAGUUGGAAUCUCUCAAGUCAGAGAACAGUGAUUUCCAGUCUCUUCCUGACUGGGAUUCAAGCCUGGAUCUGGAUGUGAGGAGCUGGAGAAAUUCUGAAGAGGUGGCCAUGGGGAAGCUAGAGGGGAGCAGCCAAGAGAAAGACCAUGAGAUGGAGCUGAGUGAGCCUCUCUGGAAGGAUGAUAGUGAAGAUUACCAAGAGGCAGAGAAACCAUGUGAAAGUGACAAUCUUUUCCAGUUCCUCUUGGAGGUAACCCAGAUGUUGGAAUCUUUCUGCAUUAGCAGCACAGAGUCAUCGCAGACUCCAUGGGAUUAUUGUGGCUCGGGGAAGCAGAGUGAUGGGGAAGAAGUGAGGUGCCAGGAGAAGACCACAGGAACAACAGUCUCAGGAGCAGAGGAAAAUCAACUACACAUCCUGGCAGAAGAUGAGAAAGAACACUUCCUGGGAAGAGAGGGCAAGACUCAAGAGACACCUGGAGAACCACCUUUAGGUGAGCUGCCUCCACCAGAGAUGAGUGCUCAGGCCCUGGAUCAAGAUGACAGCAACAGCACCUCUGCAGCCCCAGAGCUGGACUCCACAGGCUCUCCCAACAUGCACCUGCUGCAGCCGAGCUGGAAUAACCCUCUCCAGCAUCUGAUCCUCAAAAAAAGGCUCCUGUCCAUCUGGAGAAUGAUAGCCAGUCACAGGUUCAGCAGCCCGUUCCUGAAGCCAGUGUCAGAGAAACAAGCCCCUGGAUACAAGGAUGUGGUAAAAAGACCCAUGGAUUUAACCAGCAUAAAGAGGAGGCUGUCAAAGGGACACAUUCAGUCCGUGAUGCAGUUCCAGUGUGACCUCAUGCUCAUGUUCCAGAACGCGGUGAUGUACAACAGCUCCAACCACCACGUGUUCCAUGUCGCUGUGGAGAUGCAGCGAGAGGUCUUGGAGCAGCUGCAGGUCUUGGCUGAAGCCCUUCUGUUCUCCAGGGACAGGCUGGAGUGAGGCAGAAGGUAACCAGCCCUGUCUGAGGCCUCUCUCAGUUGAGUAGUGUUGUCUCUCUGGUUCAGGGCAUCUCCUGAGCUCAGGGGAUGUGCUGCCCUGCCCUUGGGCAGACCUUGUUAUCCACAGUGCUGGCUGGGUUGAUGGGUUGAUUCAAAUCAGUUUUUGGGAGAGUACCAUGUUGGAAGCCUCCGUUCGUUUUGGGAAAAGCAGCGAUGUAGCCCUGCAGGUAGAAGAGUUCCCUGGGAUGAAAAGCAAGGGAGAAAAUCCCGUGUGUGGCCAGGUGGAUGAAGCGGGUGCAGCCCGAGAGGGUGGGUGGCUGCACACUGGGCACCGCAGCGUUCCCGUGUUCUGGUUGUUGUGGUGUUCUGGUUGUUGUGGUGGUGUGUUGUGUUGCUGUGUUGUUGUGUUGGGUCGGGUGAGUCCAGCGUUACCGGCACUGACCACACCCAAUAAAGGCCCGUGUUGAAGCUUG